AUGACACUUGACGUGGUGUUUCAUAAAGGAUUUAUAAAGGUGUUUAUUGUGCCAGAUCCAGUCUCAAAACCAGAGGUGUCGCAGACGUGUUUGUCACCAGAACAGUCUGUCGUCUGCUGCUCCACUGAGGGAGACGGAGUAGAGUUCAUUUGGAGUUUGGACAACAACAUAUUGAUACAGACCAGAGCUGAGAGCACAAAUAAACCGACAUCUGAGGUUUCCAAUGUCACCAUCAGCUUACACGGCCAGCUCACUGGAAACUUAGCAUGUAUCACUCAGAACGACAUCAGCUCAGAACAAACUGUGAUCCAGCUCAGGAGCUGUAAAGCUCCAGUGUCAAAACCAGAGGUGUCGCAGACGUGUUUGUCACCAGAACAGUCUGUCGUCUGCUGCUCCACUGAGGGAGACGGAGUAGAGUUCAUUUGGCGUCUCAACAACAACAUAUUGAUACAGACCAGAGCUGAGAGCACAAAUAAACCGACAUCUGAGGUUUCCAACGUCACCAUCAGCUUACACGGCCAGCUCACUGGAAACUUAGCAUGUAUCACUCAGAACGACAUCAGCUCAGAACAAACUGUUAUCCAGCUCAGGAGCUGUAGAGGUUCCAUUCACUCUCCUUUUGUGACUGUGACUGUCGCUGUGAUAGCCAGCGUAUGCACUUUGCUUCUGCGUUUGGCUCUGUUUCUUUAUGUAAGACACUUACAUAAGACUCCAAGACCUGUGGCUGAUGAAGAUAAUGGUGAAAAUGAAAUAGUCUACUCUGAUGUUAGAGUGAAGUCUGCUACGGAAAGAAGACCCAACACAAAGUAGCAAUGUGCAGAAGAAACAUAUUGCUCAUAAUAGAUUUAAUCUAAUAGAAUUGUUGUAACUGAACUGUGUUAACAUUAACCAGAGUCAGAAAUAUAUCAGAAUACCCCAAAAGUGAAUCUUGCAAGUGCUGGGACCUUUAAAAAGGUAGCGUUAGGAAUCUUAGCUUAUACCAUCAGUUGCACUGUUCAUGUAUUCACUUCUAAUGCUUUACAGUGUGUUAUUUCCUGUUUUGAAGGAAAUUUCAUGUUCUGUACUUUUACCCUAACUUUGCUUUGAAGUUACUAUUAAGUAAAAUUGUAAACAAAAUAGCCUCUUUUAAAAUUGCUGUUUCAAUAAACUGUAAACAAACAUUGCUGUUUAAUGUUUA